AUGCGGUUCACUUCUGUCUUCCUCUUGAUUUCCACCACCAUUGCUUCGAGCUUGGGGUAUGAGCGCUCUUCGUCUUCCGGCGGCCUCCUGUCCUGCUCCAAAACUCUGGAGCGUAAUCCCCAGACGGUGGCUGCCCUUGUCAACAACUAUGCCCAGGUGGUUGGAAACUACUCUGAGGCUCUUGCUCAAUCCUUCCUUUUCAAGGAUUUCAAGGACAUCUCUGACAGCAUCAAUGUCUUGGCCGGUAUUCCUCUGGGAUCUGUCACCUUCCCCUCGAAGCAGGCCUUCAUAGCCAGUCAGGCAACCCAGCCCAAGAUUCCAGUAGUGGUCACUGGCACUUACGCUGUCACCCGCGACACGGUCGUCAUUCGGUAUACCCAGACGUUUGGAGCAGGCAAGGUCGUGGCCGGAAUAGCCAUCCUUGGGCUCGCUUGUGAUCAAGAUGAUAAGCAGUGGAAGCUCAAAGAGAUCAAUACCGAAUUUAACAGCCUCGUGUACUUCCAGAACAUAGGAGGGUCCUGCGUCGGGCCCUCGUGA